AAUUAAUUCAGAAAAUACCUUUGGCACGAAAGGAAUUUUAGGACAUAAAGUAGACUAACGAACCAUGAUUACAUCAAAUUAAUCAUUUUCUUCAAGAGUAGAAUGCAAGUUUAGUUUCGUAUUCUUCACAUGCAUGAGAUCGCUAUAAACACAUCUCAAGAGCUUCAAGGAAGAAGCAGAAACAGUGCUUUCAAACACGUACAUGCAUGGAAUUUGAAACAGACCAUCAGUGGGUGGUUCAAAUAAACGAGAAGCUCAAGAACCAUGAAUCUUCAUCAAUGGAGAUUCAGAAAUGGAAGAAGCACUGCAUAUACGAAACACCACCCAGUGUUGCAGACCUGAACAAGAAGGCAUACAAUCCCCUGACGGUGUCGUUUGGUCCGUACCACCACAUGAAGAAGCAUCUGCUAGCCAUGGAAGAGCACAAGCAUAGAGCUCUGGUUCACUUUCUGAGGAGGUGUAAUGGGAAGCCAUUGGAGUUGCUGAUACAAAGCAUGGCAGAAGUGGAAGAGGACUUGAGGGACUGUUACAAGCCACUUGAUGAUCAAUGGAAGAGCAAGAACGAGAAUAAUCAUAGUUUCUUGAGGAUGAUGAUUCUUGACGGGUGUUUCAUGCUUGAAGUUCUGAGAUUUGCAGCUUGUUAUCAUGCUGCUGGUGAUUAUGCAGAUAAUGAUCCUAUUUUCAGUUGCCAUGGAAGACUGUAUGUCACACCUUAUAUCAAACGUGAUAUGCUUAUGCUUGAGAAUCAGAUCCCCAUGAUGGUUCUUGACAAACUGGUUGAAUUUGAGGGAAACAAAAACCAGGAUCCAGAGUUCUUGAACAAGCUCAUCCUCAAGUUCUUUUGCCCUGACACUCCAAUCUUCAAAAGCUUCGGCAAAUGCUUACACAUCUUAGAUCUCUACAGAAAAUCCCUCUUUCAACAUGAACCAACACACCCCACAAUCAUUCCCAAUCAAUCCAAAUCAAACAAACACCAAGAAGACGAAAUCAUCAUUCCCUCCGCAAGAGAGCUUCUAGACGCUGGCAUCACCUUCAAGCCAAGCGAAAGCCACAGUUUCAAAGAUGUCUCCUUCAAUGGCGGAAUCCUCAGAAUUCCUUCAAUCAUCGUCGACGACUGCACCGAGACCAUGUUGUUGAACCUCAUAGCAUUUGAACGCAUGCAUGUUGGAGCAGGCAACGAGGUUUCUUCGUUCGUGUUCUUCAUGGAUAACAUCAUCGAUAACCAUGUUGAUGUUGUGAUUUUGGAACAGAAAGGGAUUGUACAGAAUGCUCUUGGAAGUGACAAAGCCGUGGCGAAGCUUUUUAAUUCACUAUCUAGAGAUCUUGCUGUGGAUCGUGGAGGAAGCUUGGAGAUAGUGCAAGUGAGUGUGUGUAGAUAUUGCAAGAAGCCAUGGAACAAGUGGAGAGCUAAUCUCAUUGAAACUUACUUCAGGAAUCCAUGGGCGAUCGUGUCUUUUGUUGCAGCCAUAUUUCUGUUUGGGUUGACUAUCGUUCAGACUGUGUAUACAAUUCUUCAAUUGUAUCAUAAUACUUAAAUUGGAGUUUUGAAUUUUUGUGGUGAUUACACAGAGUUGAAACGAGAAGAUGUGUCAUAAUUGUUACCGCAUGCAACUUCUGGAACUCUUUUUGUCCAGAAGAAGAAUAACAAUAAUAGUUCUUCUUUCUAUGAUUUGGUAUCAUUAUUUUUUUUAC